AUGCAAAGGCUAGCGGGUGGCGACGGGGAAACGGACGUUUCUCGCGCAGCCGCCUCUAUGGGCUUAAGUCUGACGCUCUCUUCCAACUCGAUCACUUCGCUGGAAGAUGUGAUGUCCGUAAACCAGCAGAUAGGAUCCAGGACGCCCUUUUGGUUCCAGUUAUACCUCGCAAGCAAAUUGGAGCUCAGCAUUCCUUUAAUCAAGAGGGCGGAAGCUACGGGGUACAAAGCGCUCGUCCUCACCGUCGACACGCCGAUGCUGGGAAACCGCAUCAACGACCGCCAAUCUCCGCUCAUUCUACCCCCAGGUCUCCAACUAGCUAAUAUCGGGAAGGACUAUGGAAAAAAGUCCGACAAGCCAACGUCGAAUCGAACGCUCAUGGACGCGCGCUCAGCCAGACACGCGCGCGAGAUCCGUCGGGCAAUCGGCGAUGGAACGAUCGGGUUCUUGAGGGAGCAUUCGAAGAUGAAGCUUAUUCUGAAGGGCGUCAUGGCUCCCGAAGACGCGCUCCUUGCUAUCGAGUAUGGGGCCGAUGCGAUCAUUGUGUCGAAUCACGGCGGUCGCCAGCUCGAUUGUGCGCCCUCGACCAUUCAAGCAUUGCCUGAGAUUGUUGCGGCUGUUAAGGGUCGUAUUCCGGUUAUAUUGGAUGGCGGAGUCCGACGUGGAAGCGAUGUCUUCACGGCCAUGGCUCUUGGGGCUGAUUUCGUUAUGGUCGGUCGGCCGGCGUUGUGGGGACUGGCGCAUAAUGGGAGUGAGGGCGUUGAGACGGUGAUUAAUAUUCUGGAGCGAGAGCUUAGUCGGACAAUGUCGCUGUCUGGGGCUGUGGGAGUUCAUGAUAUCUGCCGAGCCUCGAUGAGGCGUUCUGUGGAGGGUCGUUUGAGUAAGAUAUAG